AUGGAUCCAACCAUCCCACGUUGGGAAACAGAACUCACACAAAUAAACGAAACUGCCCUGAGGAUCCCUUCUCCAUCCUGUGACGUGCAGAACCAGAUAGAAAUCCUGCUGAUGCUCAUCAUUGCCCUGGUGGGGCUGGCAGGAAACGGGAUUGUGCUCUGGCUCCUGGGCUUCUGCAUGCGCAGGAACGCCUUCUCCACCUACGUCCUCAACCUGGCCGCGGCUGACUUCCUCUUCCUCUGUGGUCAAAUGAUACGUUCCCUUUUACAACUUACUAGCAACUUCGAUUUGGUCUACAGCAUAUUCAACCCUGUGAUAGUCUUUCCCUACCUUGCAGGCCUGAGUAUACUGAGCACCAUCAGCACCGAGCGCUGCUUGUCUGUCCUGUGGCCCAUCUGGUACCGCUGCCGACGACCAAGACACAUGUCAGCAGUCGUGUGUGCCCUGCUCUGGGCACUGUCUCUGCUGCUGAGCAUCCUGGGAGGGUACUAUUGUGCCUUUCCAUUUUUGGGCAUGGGUGACCAUAGUUGGUGUCAGACGACUGAUUUCCUCUCUGGCUCUUGGCUAUUGUUUUUAUUUGUGGUUCUUUCUGGGUCCAGCCUGGCACUGCUGCUCAGGAUUCUCUGUAGUCCCCGAAAGAUGCAGCUGACCAGGCUGUAUGUGACCAUCUUGCUGGCAGUGCUGGUCUUCCUCCUCUGUGGUCUGCCUGCAGGCAUCAAAUGGUUUUUAGUAUUCUGGAUUCAGAAGAAGGUUGAUGCCUUCACUUGCCAUUUUUUUGAGGUUUCAUUUAUCCUGUCCGCUGUUAACAGCAGCGCCAACCCCAUCAUUUACUUCUUUGUGGGCUCCUCUAAGCAGUGUCAAAAUAAGAAGACCCUCAAGCUGGUUCUCCAGAGGGCUCUGCAGGACACUUUUGAGGUGGAUGGAUGUGGAGUCAGUCUUCCUCGGGAAUCCCUGGAGAGGUCAAGAAGCAACCUGGGGUAG